UUUCUGUCAGCUCCUUCAUUCAGCAACAAUGACCGACCAGCGUCUGACUGACGAGCUCUGCGAUGCUUGUGCCGCUGGAAAUCUACCAAAAGUUUUGUCUUCGCUGCAAAGUGGAGCAGAAGUCAAUGGAUUAAAUACAUUUAAGAAAACUGCUCUCCAGGUGGUGAAGCUGAGCAGCACCGCCGUGGUCGAAACUCUUAUCGAUGGGGGGGCGAGCCCCGACGUGCGCGACCCGGACAGCGGUCGCACGGUGACCCAUGACGCCGCGCGUGAAGGGUCUCUGGAUACCGUGCGCGUGCUGAUGCGUGCUAGGGCGAACGUGAACCUCGUGGACGACCAGGGCAACCUGCCGCUGCACCUGGCCUCCAGGGGGGGCCAUCUGCAGGUGGUGCAGCUGCUGAUCCCACGCACCGCGUACCCCCGCGCGACCAACGGCCUGGGAUACACCGCCGCGCAGCUCGCGCACUUCCACCGCAGGCUGGACACCGCAAAAUACAUCGACAAGUAUCUGAGCGCAAACUAAAUGAUGAAGACACCCACUUCAAUAGGCUGAAACCUUCGUAUGAUUCUAGUACUCUGCUCUUUCCUUUUCCUUUUACUUGGACUUUAACAUUUGAUUAUAAUUUAUUCAAAAAAUACCCCCAGUUAAUUGAUCAUAUAACACUUCUAACAUAAACCCUGUGUUAAUCUGGCACAUGUAUACCUUCUAGUGCAAUCCAGUACAAAAACUAAAUUCUACAGAAGGUAUUGGUCAUUUUUUGUUAAAAAUUUCAGGGAAGUUUAAAUUCAGAUUUACAGUAUAUGGAGUCACUGGUGUAUUGGAAUAAAUUAUAUUGGAAUGUGGCAAACAAUAACUUAUAUCCUCUGAGAUGCUUGUAAAUGAGAAUCACCUCAUCUCAAUAUGGAACAGUCCAGAUAAAACUGUUUGGCUGAUCUUUUGUUUAUUAUUUUUGUAAUUCUUCCUUUUCAUUUUUGCUUCUCUCGCGUGUUAGAAACGUUAUCAACAUCCCCACACACUUGCAGUAAAAUCCUGUGGAGGAUCUCCUGCUGUUUUCUCACAUCGACUACUCUGGACUAUUGUGGACUUUAUGGGGCCAGACUGAGAAAGUCCGCAGAAAGUCUGGAGGCUCUAACUCGCACAUUUACAGUCCCUGUGGAGAAUGACCGGUGGAUCUCUGGAGUUCAGUGCAAUUCUGAAAGUAGCUUAUGUCGAAUUUUGAGAUUUUCAUGACACUUUGAAAGAGGCAUUCAAUCAACCCUAACUGUACCUUUUAAGGACAGAGCCUCCUUCUGCUUACCCUGCAUGAGAAAGAUAUAAGAAGAAAAAUGAACGAACUCCCUUCUCUCUGCUCGCUCUCUUUGUGUGAAAUCUGCUAUAGAAAAAAAUACACAA